UAAAUCUUAAACUCUUACCAAUACCAUUGAUUUAUAGAAUGUCGACAAACUUCAUUGGUUUGGUAAUACAGCCGAAUGAACCAUUGACACUUGCCAUCGAUGAAGGCAUUCAUUUCACAAUGGCCUCACUGAUUGACGAUGCAAAACCGGGACGAUCCACACUAAAAGUACGCGUAAGGGACCAAGAAUUUGCCCUUUGCUCGCUCACGUUCGAUGAGGUUGAACAGCAAGCUCUAGAUGUCUAUUUUAAAGAUGUGGAUGAACCAACUUUAAUAUUAACUGGAGUCAAUCCGAUCAACCUUACUGGUAAUAUCAUGCUAGAAGACGGCGAUUUCGUUCCCGAAGAAGAAGAUGAAGAGGAUGAUUAUGGCCCGAUACAGUUCCGUGAUCCAUCCGAUGAACGGUUCCUUGGUGGAUUUGAACUUCGGCAUUUCGGCCUUGAGCCCCAUUAUUCGUUUUAUCCCGACAAAAUUGAUCUGCGGAAAGAAGAGUCGGAUGAAGAGGAUACCAUGCUACAUGACAAUAUCGCCAUGGGAUUAAUCAAUUCUAUGCUGAACAGCGGCAAUGAAGUCAAAGUGAAAAAGGCAAAAGCUAUAUUAGAAACAUUGAAAUCAAAGGCAAACGACACAUCCUCACAACAGAAUCAUGGAAAGAUAUCCAAAAAGCAAACUUCAAUUAAAAGUAGCAGUGGUAGUAGCAAGUCACAGCAACAACAAUCUAAGAAGAAGGACAAGAAAAAGAAAAAUAAAUCAUAGCUACAAAUGGACAUACAUCAAUACAUAUGUCGCAUAACCAAUGCUUCUUUGACUGCUGUAUUUCACAGUUUGCUAGUCACAGCAACCACCACUCUACACGAAUGUGU